UUUUUUUUUUUUUUUGUUGCACUCCCGAGAGAGGGAGAAUAGGGUCUGACCGUCCGCAAUUUUUUUCUUUUGUACCAUCAAUCCCUUGAGGUGGAAAUUGUUUAAAUGGAGCCUUCAUUCUCUUGAAUUCGCGGAACGUAAAGGAUGGACCUUUUGUUUCGAGUGGACCGCAGUAUUGUCUACCCCUUUUGGUGGAGGCUUCCAAAGGCAACUGUUCAAUAACACCACAAUCUCAAACGCACAAAGGCAGUAGUCAAUCCUUCUCAAAAAUCCCUCUUCACAUUAAACUUCUUAAGAGAAGCCCAUCCUCUUUUACGUCAACCAUCCUAGUCUCCUCUCUUCAGUUUAGGACUCCUAACCUUCCCCCAAUUUCCACUUCUCGUCUCAAGCACUCGUAUUCCUCCAAAUGGCUUAUAUCCGACCGGAUCCACCCAAUGGAGGAGUGAGAGCGUGGUCGGUUGUGGUAGGCUCGUUUCUCCUUCAAAUGUCUUCUUUUGGAUAUCUCAAUACCUGUGGAACUUUCCAAUACUAUUAUCAGAGUAUCAUGUUGCCCAGCAAGAAUUCAUCCCAGCUUGCCUGGAUCACAACGCUUCAAAUCGCUUUCUUUUUCGCGUGCGGGCCAGCCGUGGGCAAACUUGUGGACGUGUACGGCUCUCGGCCUGUCAUUGCUCCCUUUGCUGCCCUGGCGGUCAUAUCGCUUGGUAUGCUGAGUCUCUGCACUCAGUACUACCAAGUGCUCCUAGCUCAAGGGGUUGCGUUUGGAAUCGCAGUUUCUGGAACUUGCCUGCCAGCCAUAGUUACGGUAUCCCAGUGGUUCUCAACCAAAAGAGGAUUGGCCGUCGGUGUUGCGAGCUGUGGAAGCAGCGUUGGGGGUGUCAUUUUCCCGAUUAUGGUUUCCAGACUGAUUAAAUCCCACGGCUUUGCGUCCGCUAUCAGGUGGUCAAUGGUUGUAGUUGGCAUAACAAUGCUGAUUGGAAUAUUGCUAUGCGACACUCCCUUUCCACCACUCUACAAAUUGAAAAAGCUGCAAGGUGACGAAGAAGCCGGCCAACCCACCGAUAGAAAGAACUCUCAGGAUAUAGAGCCAGGUGAUGCUGAAUCGGUUGGGAGCAAAGCCAAGGAGGCUGAAUUGGAUUCCCCUGUGCUCGAAGCUGCGAUACCACCAAUCAACGAAGAGGAAAAUGCAAAAGGACUACUGAGUGGGCUGCUGCAACGGAAAGCACUUGGAUGGGCGGGUUUUGUUUUAGGCACUUUCUUCUUCAUGUGGUCAUUCUUGGCGCCCUUUAACUACCUCCCUCUGAUGUCGGUUGCCAGUGGAAUGUCCCCAGAUCUUGCACAGUACACUCUCACAGUAACCAAUGCCGGUUCAAUGUUUGGUCGCGUGGGCCUAGGAGCUGUAUCCGACAAAAUGGGCGCAUUUAACGUCAUGUGCAUUGUCACCACCUUCACUGCUACAACAGUUUUAGGGUUUUGGUUGCCCCUCAGCUACAACCCCUCCACGGUUGGCAUUUUUAUGUUUGGGGGUAUCUAUGGUGUUGCUAGCGGCGGAUUUAUCAGCUUGAUCGCGCCUUGCGUUGUAUCUCUUGCCAACAGUCAGCUAGAGAACCUAGGCAUUACGUUUGGGCUCGUGUGUAUAGGCCUUGCCUUCGGAGCACUUGUCGGAUUACCAGCAAUGGCUGCCGUGAAAGACAGCGCAGCCUCUCACAGCUUCGAAGACCUAAUUAUCUUCACAGGAGUAGUAUUGGCUGUCGGUUCAGUCUGCAUGGUCGUUGCCCGCUACAUGAAAGGCGGCAUCAAUUUCCGGACUAAAGUCUAAUGAAAGGCGUAGCGAACUUCCUAUUAUUUGCCACGCGAAUGCACAUGUCCAUGCCAACAAGGGAAGGGUCAUAAUAGUUUUCUUUUACACAUUUCCUUGUUCAUCAGGGUAACCCACUACUUUUUUAGUACAGCACGUUUAAUAUUUUAACGGUGGAUUUGGCAUAAAGUAGGAAUUUCGAAGGAAACAAAGAAUAACCAACAAGUGAGGAGGAAAACCUGAGGAGAGAUAAAGCAAAAGCGAGAGAGAGAAGUAGUACGGUUUCACAGGUAGAUAGAAAAAAAAUAAAAGAAAUCCCAGUUCCUAGAUACACAUUUUAUUAUUG